CCAACUUCGCGUAUCCAGAACCCAUUCCACGCUUCUCCACCCCUUAAGCUUCCACCAUCAUGGCCGAACACCCUUCAUUUACCCUCGCUGCUCUCCUGCCCGUGGGCGGAGUCGCGGGAUUUCUGCGGACGCGCUCCACGCCCUCUUUGAUCGCCGGUGUUGGGCUGGGAGUUUCUUAUGCAUGUGCCGGGUACCUGAUCAAGGAAAACAAGGACUACGGCACCGAGCUCGCGUUGGGAAACAGUGUUCUCCUGCUCGGCUCCGCCAUCCCCAGGAUUAUCAAGACCGGGGCCAAGGCUCCAGUCCCCUUGGCGCUUGGUGCGACGGGUCUGUUGGCUUCUUACUAUUACCAGAAGAAGGUCCGCGAGUUUAGGUUUGGGGUUUAAUUGAAGCUUUUUUUUUUUUUUUUCGGAUUUUGUCG